AUGGAGGGCCUUUUCGAGGAGUUCCGCAAUGCCUACAAGGCCAGAUCUGGAUAUGCUCUUGCACAAACUCUCCAACCAUUCAGUCCCAUCAACCAACCCGGCAAACUCCGUUCCAUCUGGCUCAGUACCAACAGCCAAGAAGUGAAGAACGACGUUAAACACAUGCUUGUCGGCCGGUCAUCAGGACCUAAGAAGUUCAAGCUUGACUACGAGGAGACGAAUGGCUGGGUGGAAGUCUACUCGGCGUAUUGGAAGGCUAUUGGUGAGCUUCUUAAGGCAGAGGGUGACUCCAGUGCUGGAGGUAGGUCAUCGUCAUGGACAAAGGUGUAUGAGGCUUGGAAAGAGCUCACUACCGCCCUCAUUCGUGGUUAUACAAACCACGGAUUCGAAGCCUGGACGAUUCCUUGUCUUUACACUGCUGGAAAGCACUUGCGACUUUUCGCCAUCAGCUCAGAUGAGGAACGCAACAACAGUGGCGCUGGCGCUAACGCCAUGGAGUUGGGCGACGACUUCGAUCCAGACUUGGAGAAGCAGAAACAACUCCGUGACUGUGAACAGCAGCUAAAGCGUAUCUUUACCCUCUGCUUGAGCGACAGAGCUCCUCUAGAAGACUCAAGAAAAUGGGCCAUUUACUACGUUAUCAAUCUUCUCUUCAAGACAUACUUCAAGCUUAACUCUGCCAGUCUUAGCCGGACGAUUCUCAAGGCAUUGUCGACGAAUCGCGGAGACAUGCCUCCCCUAGAGGCCUUCCCCAAGUCACAAAGGGUAACCUUCAAGUUCUACGAGGGUGUGCUUUUCUUCCUGGAAGAGAACUAUGUGGAGGCCGAAAAGCAUCUUACUGAGGCGUGGUCUUUGUGUCACAAGGACGCCAAAAGCAACCAAGAGCAAGUCAUCCCGAAUCCUACGCGAAUUCUCACCUACCUUAUCCCCUGUCACCUACUCACAACACACACGCUCCCAAGCAGCAAACUCUUGGAACCGUUUCCCCGCCUGCAGAAGCUCUUCCUACCCCUGUCUCGCUGCAUUCGCAAGGGAGAUCUCCGCAACUUCGACCUGGCCCUCCAAGAAGGGGAGGAAGAGUUCGUUCGCCGUCGCAUCUACCUCACCCUCGAGCGUGGUCGCGAUAUCGCCCUCCGCAAUCUACUGAGGAAGGUCUUCAUCGCCGGCGGCUUCGAAGAAGCAAAGGAACCCAGCGCAGCGCCAAUCCGUCGGACCAGAGUCCCUGUCGCCGAGUUCACGGCCGCUAUCAGCCUCGGAAGUCAGGAGUCUGUCGAUCCCGAUGAGGUCGAGUGUUUGCUGGCCAACAUGAUUUACAAGAACCUCAUGAAGGGCUACAUCGCCCGAGAGCGCGGCAUCGUUGUCCUGUCCAAGAACGGGGCUUUCCCCGGAACAGGGGUGUAG